ACUCACCUCAAUUGAUUGAAGAACACGUAUUGCGGAACGAAGCUAAGAUGGCGUUGAAUUUUCGGUGCCAAGCCUGGUCAUCUCCUUCUCUGUUCCGACCGCUAUCUCCCUCUCUCCCCUCCUGCUCUCUACCCGUGCGCAAGAAGGGUAAGACGAAGGUGGUGAUGGCAAUUGGCGAAAGUCUACUAUGCAGGGAAGUAGAAAUCUGGCAAUGGAGAUGAAGGUCGAAACGGUGAUGUUGCUUAGAGAUGAUGUCACACAAGACUCUUUACUCGGAUUCGGGCUGAGUCAAGACUGCCUCCAUGUGAUCAUCGAGCAUUGGGGCAACGAGCGGGCCCUUCGUGUGUGGCGCCUUGAGGAGAAGGAGGAUGCGCCAAGAUGGCUUUUGGUGCAUAAGGUGAUUGUUUCCAUGGAUCUGCCCGACAUUGGGAGAAAAGGUCUCAAAUUCGCGGCCUUCCACCCACACGACAACAACAUCAUCUUCUUUGAGAUGCCUGCUUUAGUUAUUCGAAUCGAUUUCCGCACUCGAAAGGUCAAGUGUUGCUUUGCCACCAGCUCCAAAAUCCACCCCUCUCCAUUUCUCACUUCUUCGUGCGCGUCUCUCGAGUUUCACCGGUCAAGCUCCCUCUCUAGCCUUCCAGCCCCCCGAGCCAACCAAGAUAUUUCUGCCUCGGAUGCCCGCGCAUCCGAGGAAUCCCUUUCCUCUUCUUCUUCGACCGGGUCAUCUUCUUCCACCCCUCAGCCCCGAUCGAAUCCCAACCCUAGCAUCCCUGAACCGCAGCCGUUAAACCAGAUGCCCGGUCACCUUUUUGCGGAGAGGGAGGAGCCGGUCAAUGACGAACCGGCCCCCUACGACCCAGAAAAAGAGACCCGGGAUCAGUGGGUGGAGAGGUUAGAUGCAGCCGGUUACUCUCCCCUCCCCACCUCCUUCGUUAUAGACAUCCACCCCCAUGUUUCUAAGAUAGCCUUGAAUAAAGCCCGUAGGAACCUCCCGGUGGGCUAUGUUCUCGAAUUCGACGAGAACUCGCCCAACAUCAUCGAACCUCACUGGGAGGAUAGAAUAGACAUGAAUUUCAGGGCGUACAAUACGCCGAAGACUACCGCUGGCUCUUCUUCUGCUGCCGCCACAAACAAGCCGGUACGACCGGAGACGGUUGUGAUCAAUGAUGAAGAGGAAGACCCUCAGACCGGGGGGAUGGACCAGACAAGGAAUGCACCGGUGAAUCCCUCCCCCAACAAGGGCAAGGGGAAGAUGAGGACGAAGAAAACUGCAACCACUCACCCGGCCGCGAAGAGGAAAAGGGGAGAAAGCUCCCCGGUUGGUGAAUCGAUGGAGGAGUUGUGGGUCAAGAUGACCCUUAAGCUGAAAGAGAUGGGCGAGGUCGGCCCGGAAAUUCUGGAACAGCUCGCCGGUGAUCCCUCGUCCCGGUUAAGUCAACUCGAGGAGCAGCUGAAAAGAUCCGAGGCACACAACCGGGAGCUCCAAGAUCUGACGGGCCGUCAAUUGGAUGAGGUGGCCAAUCUUGCAAGGAUGGCCGGGGAGGCAGAAGCCGAGGUCAUCCGGCUGAAGGAGGAGAACCUCAAGUUGAUGGAAGACUUGGAGCUGAAGGAAAGGGAGUUUCCCGGCAGGGCCAGGCAAUGGGUGGGGGAGAACUUAGAUGAGGUCGCCCGGGUGAUCACCUCUGAUCAAGAGAAGACAGUGGAGGCCUUCAAGCUGAUCUACCGGGAGGAGCAAGGAAAAGAGAUGAUCACCCAGAUUGGCUCUUAUGGCUUCAUGUCCGGGCAGAAACGAGACCGGGAGGCUACACAUGCAGUCCUGGUUGAACGAUUUCCGGAUUUUGAUGCUGAAUCAUAUGGACUGGCCCCCAUCCCGGAUGAUGAGCCUGCACCUCCCUUCCCUCUCGAGUGAUAUCUCCCCGGCUGCGACCGGUUAUCCUUUUGGAAACUUUA